AUGCACCGGAUUCACUCGUGGGCGAAAGCUCACGCGUCUACCCCGAAUAAUUCCCAGGGUCAAAACCAGUCCAACACCCAGUCCUCUGAGGACGCUUCGGCUCAAGAUGCUCAAGUGAAAGAAGGUAUACGUGACCCGGCUAGCCCGGAGUCGGAAAAAGAUGCCAAUCAAACCACUGAGCGCCCACUGUUCGUCCGGAUGAAGGAUGGAAUUGUUCGCUUCACCGGACACACCAAACGCGCUCUGUGCCACAGCUGGGUCAAUGUGCUGCUCGUCUUCGUCCCUGUCGGCAUUGCGGUCCAGGCCGCUGGACUCAAUCCAGGCCUGGUCUUUGCCAUGAAUGCGAUAGCUAUCAUCCCCUUGGCCGGUCUGCUCAGCCAUGCCACCGAGUGUGUCGCCAGUCGAUUGGGUGACACCGUAGGUGCGCUCAUUAACGUCACCUUUGGAAAUGCAGUAGAGUUGAUCAUCUUGUAUGUUCCCGAAUCCACCCAUUUACCCCUGACUGUUGCUAACGUUUCGGUAGCAUGUAAGUUGUUGCUUAUAAGAGCAUGUGCAUACACAAAUACUAAUCACAGCGAAUUCGUUCAGUAUUGCUCUAGUCAAGGUGAGCCAACCGGUUCUGCAACAGAGUCAAGGAUCGCUCUAACUUGUCCAGAAUGA